AUGUCUGAUGUAAAUUCGAUGACAAAUUCUUCUGCUGCAAGUGAAAUUUUGGAGCGAUUAGAUGCAGAAAUCAUUUUAAUAAAACAAGGAAAAAAUAUAAACGAUGGUUUGAUUGUUAUUAGAAAUAUAACACAAGAAAUUUUUGAUUAUCAUAAUAAGAUGUUUGAAUUAAAAGAACAUGAGAUAACCAUUCAUAAAUCACUCACAUAUGAAUAUUAUCAAGAAGCACAGUUUUUUAGAUAUUAUCUUUAUAAAGACUUAAUGGAAACAAUUAUAUGGUGGUAUAUUAUUCUUUUAGAUAAAGUUGUUGAUUAUGUUUUAAAUAUUAAAAUAGUAAAAAAAAUUGUCGAAGAAAUCAAAAAAAAAAUAUCUGGCUGGGUUUUGCAUAUUAUUCAAACACAAGAUAAUUCCCGUAGCAAAGGCGUUUUUAGAUCUUAUUUUGAUGUCUACGAAGAUUCUGGUUCUGGUGAAAAAAUAGUUAUAGAAGUUUCUGGAGAUGAUAAUGUAAGAAAAAAAAUUAUUUCUUAUCUUAGAAGUGGCAAAAUCGAUUAUAAUUAUCAAAUUGAGUCAAAUUUUUUCACAUCUGAAAAAAUUAAACAUAAUGAAAUAAUUCAUAUUUGGGAAGAAUAUGGUAAUGAAGAUAAUAAGUUAAAAUUUAAACUUAUGAAAUCAUCAAAAAAAAAUGGUGAAGAUGUUAAUUAUGGUUCGUUAAAAGGGAGGGUUGUUCUUAAAAGUACUGAUAAUGAAGCGAUUGAAAAAAUUAAAGGACAUCCUGAAGAAUUAGCAGCGGCAAUUUUUUCAAAAUCUCAUA